AUGAGCCGCAAGGGCGAGGAGGAGGACGAGGAGAAGGAAGAAGAUGGUGGUGGUGGUGGGCCGCAAACAUCCGUCUCCAUCGCGCAAGCCAUUCAUGUUCGAUCUUCAGACAUGGCUCAACUGCCAGCUACGUCCAAUAGCGGUACUGAAAAGCAGAUUCCUUCGCCGCAGUUGGCAGUGAGGGGAGAGGCCUCAUGGGUCGAUGAGCCGAUGAGUGUGGGCCAUCCAUCUGCAUUCGAGCGGGCACUGGUGCCCAGGCACCUUGGUCGUUUGAUGAUGCUCUAG